GCCUCUGGUCCCAGUUGUGCUUCAUUCAUUAUCUGUGUGUGAGUGAGAGAAGUUUGUGCUUCAUUAUCUGAGAGAAGACAGGUCUGCUCCGUCUUCCUAUUGUUAGCCACUGCCAACUGACACUGGCUCGAGAUCUCUCUCAGCUUGCUGCUGCAUGCUGCUACAACAACUAGCUUGCUGCAUUAUCGACUGGCUCUCAGUCUGCCUGCCUCAACCCUCCAACCGGCCUUCUUGUAAGGCAAAGCAGUCAGUCAGUCAGUCACAGGGGAAACUGGUUUCUGUUUUUACUCCAGUGCAUGCAUGGAAGCAGACAUGAGUUGUUUUGUUCGUUAUUCCAUGCCGAUGAUGCCUACGUAAUAUGUGUGAUUGUGAAACAUUGUAGUGUGAGAGACUGCGGUUGUUGUUGUGUCCUAGCUGCUGAACCUGGGGUUUAUAUGCAGGUGUAUAGUGGGCGAGUUGUAGGUACAUUCAUAGUACUAUAGGAGGAAGGAAGGAUUCUAACAAACGUGUUGUGGGCUUUUCUGUGAUGGAAGCUGUACAGAUCAGAUAGCUGAGGAAUUUGUGCGUACCUGUAGCGAGAAACCCGCAGACACGCUGUGAGUGAUCUCACACACAAGAUGUUUCCAAGUGAAAGAGCGAAGCACCCACAACUCUGCUGAAUGGACAGGACUUGCAUUGCUGUGGCUGUGAGAGAGAGGAAACAAACAAAUACGGCAGACGCCGGGGUUUCUGUGAGCAGGAGUGAACAUCUUGCAGCAGACUGCAGUUGAUUGCAUAGCUAGCAGAUAGCACGAGACUUCGGCAAGAGACUUCGCUAGACUUUGCUGUUCUACAUACUCGGGGCUGAUCUCAUCUGCACUUUGAACUUCAAAGCAGGACUCUGCACAUAUCUUCCACAAUAUCCUGGAUUUAUGUUUCGUAUUUUGUCAUUUAUCAGCCAACCCGGUUAACUUAGGAAUUAUUUUGACAUUUUUAAGAUAAUUUGCUAUCCUAGUUUCUUUACAUUUAUAUGAUAUAUAUACUGCGCAGUCAUCUCCUGAUUUUUUUUACCUGUGAAGAAGUUUGGAUGUUUUCAGUGAAUUGACAUUUAGAACCUUUUUUUUUUUUACAAGAAAAAGUGAACAAAAAGUGAAAGAAAAAAUAUACUGGCGAAACUUAAAAGUGGCAAGGAUAACAGUACUUAGCAUAAUAACACAUAGAGAUUACGAUCAUAUUCUGCAACAUUACCACUGUAAGAGGAAGUACUUACUAUUCACACUUGACGAUUUUCAACCUACAAUCCUUUAGGAAGUGCAUACUCUGUUACGAACACUCCUUUGGUGAUUCUGUGUGUUUUGGGACUUACUGAGGUUUCAAUCUUUUAAUUGUUUUUUUCAAAGAACCUUAGUCUAAAGUGUUUUGUCUUUUAGACUUACUAAGAUUUCAAUCAUUUUCCGAAGAACCUUAGUAUAAGGAUUCUGUGUUGUGGACUUCCUGAGACUUCAAUCAUAUUAUUUGAGGAUUUAUGACAGACGAGAACAAAACGCAGUGACCCAGGCAUUUUCUUUGAGGAUCUCUGGAAUGAGUACAGCCUUCCUACAUUAAGUAAUCAGUUUGCAUCACAACAGCAGGAAAACAUGGCAGUGGUGGUGAUAGUGAGUGUUUUACUGGUAGGGCUGGCUACCAGUGGGGGUCUGCAGAACCCAGAUGGGUGUGAUUCAGGAGCAGUUUUCAAAGUUAAAGAUUUGGAUGUGAAAACAUUCACAGAUGCCAAGGAUGGACCAAACCUGAGAUAUUACCGCUAUCUUUUGGUGGACAGUCUUUCGCAGACCCUCUUUGUUGGUGCUAUGAAUAAGAUCUACGGUCUCAACCUCGGUGAUAUCAGCAACAAGGAAGGUGUUCGACAGAAAGACCUGUCACCAGAUCCCAAGGAUAUCGACAUGUGCAAGAUACAAGGCAAGAAAGUUACUCCGGACUGCCAGAAUCAUAUCCGCUUCAUUGCUCGCAACAUGAGUAACUCUGACGUGCUGGCUGUUUGUGGGACUGGAGCCUACAACCCAAAGAGCUACCAACUCAAUAUCCAAUAUCCAAGAAUAUCCAUUUUAUCUCUGACAUCUGGAAUUGGGAAGUGUCCUUACGACCCAUUUGACAAUUCCACUGCUAUUUUAGUUGAAAACAACAAUCCUGGAGACCUCCCUGCCCUGUACUCUGGAACUGUCUCUGACUUCAUCAAGGCCGACCCCCUCAUCUUCCGGCCGGCUCUGCACCGCAGCGAUGGAAGCAAGGCGGUCGACUACGUUAGAACGUUACGUAGAAACCCCAAGUGGCUGAAUGAGCCCCAGUUUGUGGGUUCGUUUGAUGUUGGAGAUCAGGUGUAUUUCUUCUUCCGUGAGGUCGCACUUGAAUACACCAACUGUGGCAAGAAAAUCUAUUCUAGGGUCGCCAAGGUCUGCAAGAAUGAUAACGGAGGUAGAGCUGUUUUGAACAAGGUGUGGACGUCGUACCUUAAAGCUCGUCUGAAUUGUUCAAUACCUGGAGAAUACCCCUACUACUUUGAUGAGAUUCAGGAUGUGGCCUCAUUUGAUGGAGAAACAUUUUACGGACUUUUCACAACAAACAUAAAUGGUUUAACAGCAUCAGCCAUUUGUGCGUUUUCCCGCUACCAAAUCGACAGAGCAUUUAAUGGACCGUUCAAAGACCAAGUGGACAGUCGGUCCAACUGGCUGCCAGUACCAGAUGACGAUGUGCCAAAACCAAGACCUGGAAAUUGUACUAUUCGAAACACCCGAGGUCUGCCCGACACCAUACUAAACUUCAUCCGAUCGCGGCCCCUCAUGGACUACACAGUGGCACACCAGUAUGGGCGACCAGUGUUCUACAAGUCGAACUGCUUGAUGCAGAAAUUGGCUGUGGCUGUCAACGAGUCGGGAAAUGGGGAGCUCGUCUUCUACACAGCUAGCAAUGCUGGUGUGAUAUAUAAAAUAUUUGCCUGGCCCUCUACCUCAAUACAGAAGGCACCACACAGUGUGCUCGCCACUACCUUUCGGCCUUUCCAAGAUGGCCGACCAAUCUGGAGUAUGCAGCUUCAUAACAACCACCUGUACCUGGGAACGGACUCAUCAGUGACUCAGCUGAACAUUGUGGUCUGUCAACAGUAUGCCAAGGUGGACCACUGUCUGUUCGACCCGUACUGCGGCUGGGACCGGUUCAGCGAACUCUGUCGCAGCAUUAAGUUCAGCAAAGGCCUUAUCACAUAUAAAAACAUAGACCAGUCAAAACCAAUAGAAAAAGCAAUAAUGAUAGCUUUAGGACAGCCAUUGUUCAGUCUAAAAAAUAUUUCUCGUUAUUCUGGUACAUCUUUGACGUUACCAGUGGAUUACAAACUUCAUAUUGAGGGAACCGUGACGUGGACUAAAAACAAUAAUGUGAUGAACAGUGGCAAGCCGAUACUGGCCCACGAUAAUUCGUUAAUAAUCCCCGACCUCGAUUCGUCGGACCAGGGAGUGUACAGAGCUGUGGACAGUAAAGACAAUCCUGUGGCAGAGUAUAGAGUGUCUGUCGAUACAACCAAAGAUGAUAUAGAGAAAAGGUGGAUUAAAAAAUUUGAUGCUUGGUGUCAAGAAUUUGAAAAAUAUCAAAAUAGUAUUAGACAAUGGGAACAAAAAUGUGGGGCAUGUUGUGACAAUCCUAGCAAUGCAAUAUCUCAGUUUGGUGGGAAAUAGCAGUUUAUCGGCUAGUAGAGACUUUUUAAAAACAAAACAAAAAAACUUGUCCAUUUGGACGCUGCCUUAGUGCUCCCCUCAGCUGUGAUAUUUUGUCUCGACUAGCUCUCGACUCGAUUCGACUAGCUCAAGACUUCGACAGGCACAUCGCCUUCAAAAUGAGAUCUUCAGACUCGUGUAAACAUUACACUACAGACUACAACGAUGCCACUCGACUGACGAGUGCCAAAUGCAAACAACCAAAUGCAGUAUUUAUAGUGAAGAUGUGUGACGUACUAAACUCUGGGUGUGUACAGACAUUCCUGCAAUAAGUGCAUGUGAUGAAAAUAUCUUAUGUGAUUCAGUUUGGCAGUCUGCUAUUGCUGUUUGACCUUCAAAUUCAAAGUUAUGAAGACUGUGCAUGAUUAUUUGUGUGUGUAGACAGAGGCUGUACAUUAUAUGUGAUUGAAGACUUUGAUAAUUGAAAUCACACAAAUCUCAAAUCAUAAUCUAUUUUUUGCAGUCUGCCAUGCUGAUUUGGAGUCACAGAGAAUGAUCCUGGGUUAUAAUGGCUGUACAUUAUUUAUGAUAAAAAAAAAACUGUGAUCAUUUACAUCAAGCAGAUCUCGAAUUGUAAAUCAUUUUGGCAGUCUGUCAAUGUGCUCAUCUCAUCCUGAUGUGAAAAUGCGGAGAAUGAUUCUUGGUUACAAUGACUGUUCAUUAUCUGUGAUGGAAGACUGAUCAUUUACACCUGGAGUCGUAACUGAAACACAUGGACUAAAGGAUUGUUUCAGUGCACAGUUUGUUUCAUUGCUGAAUUACCUGAACAUAAUCCCAUCUCGAUACGGAUACAUAUGCAUGGUAAAUAUCACUGGCAAUGACAAGGAAAUAUCACUAGUGAUGCCAAACAGAUACCACUAGUGAUGCCAAGUAAAUAUCACUAGCGAUGCCAAGCAAAUAUUACUAGUGAUGCCAACUAAAUGUCACUAGCGAUGCCAAGGAAAUAUCACUAGCGAUGCCAAGUAAAUAUCACUAGCGAUGCCAAGCAAAUAUCACUAGCGAUGCCAAGCAAAUAUCACUAGCGAUGCCAAGUAAAUAUCACUAGCAAUGCCAAGUAAAUAUCACUAGCGAAGCCAAGUAAAUAUCACUAGCGAUGCCAAGCAGUAGGCAAAUAGCAGAGGACUGAUAGCAUUAGCUUUUCCUAACAAUGGUCAGGAUCCUAUGGUUGUUUGCUAGGAGUAACUGCGUAAGGACUGUUUCCAUAGCAGUAUAAUAAUGAGUUGAUAUGAAGGAUGUGCUAGCAGAAAGCCAGAAACCUUACUAUGUUGCUAGUAGUAUAGUCCAGAACUGACUGAUGACUAGCUACCUUUAGCCAGGUACUCUGCUGCAACAGAAAACCAAACAACCCCAUUUAUGUUGAGCCAGUGUGAACUGUUUGCACUGUAAUUGUAUUCCAUCUAGCAAUAACCAUGAGUCAAGUGAGCAGUCAAUCAAUUGCAGGAAGCAAGAAUGGUUCAUGUUUUGUUUUCAAAGCAAGAACAUGAUUGUGACAUUGACCAAGCUCAUGAAACUAUCUUACUGGCAGCAAGCAACAAUAUUUUGAUGGCAAUGUUUGACAGCUAAAUUGUAGAUCUAGUUUGUGUGUUAUCUGAUGGUGAUCAACUGUACUAAUGACAGCAAGAAAAACAUCAGAAUGGUAUUUAUUGUGAGUAAUUGGUUAUGAAGUGUGUGUCUUAGAUGUGGUUGUCUGAAAUGUUCCACCCAGCAUGUAUAGUGUGAUUUAAUCGAUGGCAGAUGAAGAUGAUUCACUGGUGUGAAAAAUAACAGUGUGAAUAUCUUCCACAAUAGGACUGGGUUCUGUUUCAGCUUUAUCUUGAAGACAAACAAACAGUUCAGGUGUUGUGAGUUGCAGCUCCUAAACCAGAUGAACAAGUAAAUCGGACUCAUGAGAGCAGCAAAAUAGACAGAUAUGGUGUAAAUGUGUAACGAAAAAUCAGCAAGAUGGGGAAAAAAUGGCAUCAUCUCAAUCUAAGAACUUGAUGACUGGGUUGAAACAAUGAUGGACAGAUGGUGGUCAUCCAAGUAGUUCAAUGUCAUUCAUAUAGUUCUACUGUUGACCCUGGAGACGUAUUCAUGUGAUUCAGUGACAGCUGGAGUGCCACAUGGACCAAGUAAAGCCAACUCAGAGUUCGACAAAUUCAUUAGCCCUUGGUCUUGGCAUGUGAAUUUUUGGUCUGACCUACUGGAAAUUAUCAUCUCUAUUUCUAAAAAAACAUUGGGCACUAACCAAAGCUUCAGUGAAGGCUAGUGACUUACUCAAACAUUUGUCGAACACUGGGCCAACUGACCACAAAUGUAACGACAUCAAAUUUCUAGUGGACACAAUUUGUUCAAGACUUACCACACUGUGAAAUGGCAUCAGACAGACUGCAAACAGAAACAAUGUAUUCAUUCACCCAGUUUUAUUCAAACAUUGACUGCACAGUUUAGCAGCAUAUAACAUUAAGAAAAUAUUAUAUAUAUCACAAUCAACUUUGUGAUUUGGCGUAGUAUGUGUACAUGUAUCACUAGGCAAGCCAUUAAUGCGUUGUUAAACCAUGUGCUUUAGAAAAAAUGAUCUGACCUCCUGCUUCGCACAAGGAGAAUUUGUAGAAUGUUAGAUAAAUCGAUGAACUGGUAGCAGAACAAUAGUUAGGGGUUUUCUAGAUACCAUCCAGUGUUGUCUCAUAGGCCAGACCUUUGUUUUGUAAACACGAUGAGCCAAAUUUAUCAAAGGUGAUCAUAUCACAUUUAUUUAAAAUGUGUUUAAUUCUUUAACAUGGACACAAUAGGAUGAGAGCUCAAAGCUAAAUACUUGUGUUUAUCAUAAAUUAUUAAGUAUACACAGCUAUUUAGGAAAGCUGAAACGUACAUUGGCAUAGCCAAGAUUUGGUGUGACAGGAGAAGAUGCCACCUCAGUGAAAAUGUGACUAAGAUUAUAAAUACCUUUUUGUAAAUUCAGCCCAAUGUGUCCUUGUAUUUGUGUUUAACAAAUCUGGCUACAUACUGAUCUGUUGGCAGCUUCAACUUCAUAAUGUGUGAGAGGGAACAUUGUGUCAGAUGGAACAUUCUGUCGACUACAUUCUUGUAAAUCAUGAAAUUAAUGUGUGCAAGAUAUUAAUGUGUGGGUGUGUGUAAUCAGAGAACUGUUCAAGCAUGCUUGUCAUGGGCACAACCUCUGACUUCACCAGAGAGUCCUGUCCAUGACAUUAAUGUGAAAAAAAUACUAUUUAUAUAUCAGCAUUUUAAUUAACUUAAUACAUUGUUUUAACUUUUUCGUCCUUGUGCAUGAAUGAUGUCAUGGGCUGAGCCUUUUCAUGUUAUCAAAAUGCCAGUGGCAAUCAGUGUGCCAUCAUGUCCACAAUGAAUUUAAAUUGCUGGCAUGCCAGCAAGAAUAAACAACAAAAACACAAACAACAAAACAAUGGAAACACAACAAAUGUCCAUCUGUUAGAAUGAAGGUACAAUUUUAUGUCAACAGAAAGUAAUUAUGUAACAGACAAGUACAAAAUAUGUUUUUAAAGAAUUAUAUUCUGGGCAAAUGAAAUGAACAGGCAGGUAGUUACUGAAAACAAUUCUGCAAUUGUUGUUUGCAGUGUAAUCUUUUUUAAAGUUGUAUUUAACAGACCCAUUAAUACAAAUAUGCAUUGUAUCAUAACACAUUAUUUUCCUGAUUUACAGACGUUUGUUGAGCUUGUUGUGUGGUUUAAUGUAAUGUUGUGCACAACUUGAAUCAUGUUUAUUGAUUGCAAAGCAGAGUUGGGGAUAAAACGGAAGAGAAAGUAUUAAAGUUUCUGAUGAACAGUUUCUUAAUUGUUUUGGUUCAUGGACCAUUGCUUCAUAGUCGGAUCUCCACUUGUCCAUGUAAGAUUUUUUAAAAUUAAAUAGUAGGACAAAUAUUAAUAGACAAAACCAAACAGAAUCUUUAAACUGGUCUACAUUAGCUCAAGAAGGUUAAUUGUCCUACCAAGUUGGGCAACUGGUUUUUACUACAUGUACCGACUGAAUAGGGAAUGAAUUUAGAGUUGUUGCCCUUAGUUUAUAAGCAUCACAGGGAAAAAAACCUAGUGGAUUGGAGCCAAAGUUUUGGAUGUUUUACAGUUUAUAAUAUAUAUUGUUUGCAGGUCACAUUUGGAUGAUACUGUUAAACAUCUACUUUUAUGAUACAUACAGUAUAAUAGUGUGUCUUAUAAAAAUGGAAAUAAUUUAAGAAUUGCAAAACUUUUGUCAGUGAUCACACUGUUUAAGAAUGGCACAUAUUCCUUAUAAAUAUCCAUUAAAUAUGAACUCCCUUUUGUGGAAGAUGUGGAAAAAAACCCCAGUGAAAUAACUUGAUGUGGACCAACUAAAGAAGAAAUUAUCUAUGACCUGCUCCGUAUCCUUGGUCAUUGUGAUAAAACUCCUACAUCGAUUGUAUUUCAAACAGUUGAUGCAGCAUAAUACUAUCAAUAAAAAAUACCUUGCUUACAGGAGACAAUGACAGAUAAUAUUUUUUCAAAUCAUUUGACAUCAGACCUGAUUAACAUCCAUUGGUUCAUGUUCUUUUUUAUAUUAGUCAUGACUAGACCAUUUACACAAAGGAGCAAUAAAUAGUUUUAUUUAAACUUCUUAGGAACCAGCAGUUUUAUACGCUGCAAGUUCUGCAGCUAACUGUAUAUACUGGUAAGCAUCAUUAGCAUUCACAGUUUUGGAGGUAUGUUUUAACUGUAUAUAUGUAAAUUGUGUGAGUUAAUGUCAUUGUACAAAAUAUAGAAAGUACCGGUACAACAUAAGAUAAUAUUAGUUCCAAGAAAGAUGGAACACCAGAUUUCUUUUAUUCAGUUCUUGAUUGUUGAAGUUGUAUAGAAAUUUUUUGGAUCAUUUGUCCAGCCCAAGUUUGAAUGAUAAAUCACAAUUUGAAUUUCUGAAGUGUUGUGUGCACUAUGAGUGCAUGUAGAUCACUGUUGUUUGUAAUAUUGAAAGUUUUUUAUUUUUGGUUAACACAUGUACACAUAUUACCAUGAAAAAGAAUGUUUACAUACCUCACUUUUUUCUCUCUUGUUUUUUUAUUCACAGAUACCCUGUCGUUUAAUAUUUUUUGCACGGACAUUCUGAUUUUAAGAAGAAAAAAAAAUGUUUUGGGGUUUUCUUUAAUUUCCAGUUUAUAAAUAAGAGAGUAAAAAAAUUAACAUUAUAUUUCAAGUAUGCUUUCAUUUUCAAAUGACAUCUCAACUUUUGUUUUUUAAUCUGCAACUUGUCUGCAUACAAUUAGUUUAUUAAUAAUUUGUAUAUUGACAAAUCAUAAGUGCUUGCUUUUGUACAUUUAUUGUACAUACCAUUAACUUAGGACGAAUCAUUACCUCUGGCCAAUAUAAAAAUUUGCAUUAUUAAAUAUAUAUAUAUUACAAUAUUUAAUCAAAUAAAUUUAUGAUUCAGUUUCAAUACAAAAUUGUUAUGUGGAAAUUACCCAUAAUGCCUUAUAGUCUUAACCUUAAAGUAACAUUAUCAACUUAACAUUUUCUAGCAUGAGUAUGUUUAAGUACUAGUAUAUAUAAAUAUAUUGAAGAAAACAAUAUUAUUUUCAUAGUAAAUUGUUACCAGAUUUGUUUAAGUUGAAAGUACAUAUAUGUAAAUACUUUGUCCUGCUGUUGUAAAUAUUUAUAUAAAACAUCUUUUAAAAAAACAGCUCAUGUCAAUUUUAAGUUUUCACAGCCAGUGGUGCAUACGCUAUAGGACUGUCACAAAUUUUCUCUUUGGUAAUUAAUGUUUUGCAAUCCUGUAUUGUGCAUAUUUGAAAUAAAAAUCUGUUUUAAAUUCUUGCCAUGACUAAUUUAAAGAGUACCACUAGAAAAUAAGUUUAAUGUCUGCAUUUGUAUCUUUUUACAGAAUUUGUUUUAUUUCAAAUUCUUUUAAUGAAUUAAAUAUGCAUCUUACUGGCUUCCUUGACAUUAGAUAAUUGUUAAUUAGUAGAUGUAAGCUAAGUCAGUGUUAUCACGUUGUUCUGAGGUGUUUUUUUUCAUCUGAUCAAUCAAAACAUUGCUGGCAUAAUCAUGCAAGAAAUAUUACCUGGGCAUGAUACAGUAUGUUAUCGGUUUGUGUCAGAUCUUGUGACAUUGUCCAAGGUGGGGUGACAGUAAGAUCCAGUUGAAAUGUUUGACAACGAAAAAUUAAAUAUUACUAAAAUAAAAUAGAGUAUAAUGUAGAUUCUAAAAAUGCCUUUGUUGUUUUUACAAUCUAAAUUUAGUAUGCAAACAUUUGUUUGUUUGAUUUUACCUUUCAAAUGGUAGAUUUUCCUCUGUAGGUUUCUUAUACAAUUGCUUCUAGAACCACUGAAACCACUAAAUAAAAUAAUUUUUUAAUGUAAAGGAAUUAUGGGUGCACAUUAUGGUAGUUUUAACUUAAUGGCAAACAUAAAGCAAUUUCAGAUACACAAAGCCUUGAGUGAGUGUAAAAAUAAUGAAAAAACGUAAAGGAAUUAUGGGUGCACAAAUAUGUAAUUUUAACUUGAUGUAAAGUAAUUCCAGGGGCAAAAUGUAAAAAAAAAAUUGAAAGCAGAAAGUAAUGUUUGACAUAUUGAGUCUGGGAAAUGCUAUCAAUAGUUCAUGGCAUGUAACCAAUUACAGUUUGUGUUCCGAGGGCACAGUUCCCCUAUACAGAAUUGCCCUUCAAUCUGUUUCUUCAGACCCGUCAUAAUUUAUCACAUGUAUUAUAGAUUAGCAAGUUGCAAAUACAUAUUGAUAUUUUGUAUAUGGUGCACAUAGCAGAUUGAUUUUUUUGUAAGUUAUAAAUAAAUAAAAAUUACUGAAGCAGAAUUUUUAUGUUUAUUUUGUAUAUUUUGAUCUAGUUUAUUGUUCAUAUGUAUUUUUAAGAGUUUUGAUGAAUUUGUUAUUUUGUUUGAUUAUUCUUGAUCAUUUUUUCUUUCUGUUGGUAUUUAAGUGCAUUGCAGAUUUAGGUUAUUGUAUGAUGUGUCCUCGUGUUGUGCACAAACUACGCAAACUGAGUCUGUGUUCCGUGUUCAGAUGUUGCAACACAUGAAGAACAAAUAAAACUGUACAUGAAAUAUAA